CAGAUGAGUUCUACCGACAACCUAUGUUCUACGCAAUGGGACAUGCUAGCAAGUUUGUGGAGAGGGGGGGAGUCAGGCUGCAGGUGUCACCCACUGUCACGAGAGAUGUGCAUGCUACAGCAGUCCAAAAUCCUGAUGGGAGGAUUGUCAUUAUAAUGUUGAACAAGAACACUGUAAGUAUCCAACUAUCUGUUGAGAUUGGAGGGAAAGGUUGGGUUAACAUGGAACUGCCAGCGAGAUCAUUUGCUACCAUUCUUUGUUAAUAUGAGGAUAAUAGUUAUUUUUAUGAAUGUUUUUCUACUUGACUGGAGACCUUUAUAGCAGACAUGGUCUCAAACCAGAAUAUUUACUUUUGACAAUUUAAAAUUAAAACACUGUAGUGAGCUAGCGAAAUUUAACUAUGCUAACUUGUAAUUUAUUUAUGUGGUUCAGUUAUAAACUUUAUAACUUACUGUGAAGUCCUUAUUAAACAUUACUCAUUAAUAAGAUAAGUAUAAAAUGGACUAAAAGAAUCUUUGAAGUUUGUACUUUUAUUGAUACUUGAUAUUGAAUAAAUCCACAAAAGAACAAUUUAUUCUAUAUUUGGUUACACAUAUGAAUGUAAAAUAAAAAUACAAGUGAUUCGCAAAUAAUACAAAAUAUCUGCUUUUAAUAUUAAAAAUAGUGUUUGAUAUAAUAAAUAAAAAUUAUGCUUU